AUGGCGUCACAUUUAAGUACGAAGGACCGCCUAUUAGCGCUUAUAGACGAUAUUGAAUUAAUAGCAAAAGAAAUGAUUGAAGUGUCGAUAGCGCCAAAACCUCAGAAGCUUUCUGCUGCGGACCAUGCUCAACUAACAGAUCUCUUACUUUCUAAAGAUUCAGAAUUAAAGAAAACUUUAGAGUUGGCUGAUGAACAAGCUAACAUACAGCAAAAGAUGAACGAUUUAAAAGCUGAAGUGGAAAAUAAGGAUCAAGAUAUAUUCCAUUUACAAAGACAACUCAAAGAUGCAGAGCAAAUCCUUGCAACCUCUCUAUAUCAAGCAAGACAGAAGCUUGCUUCAAUUGUUAAGUCUAGAAAGAAACCAGUGUCAUCUGAAGAGUUAAUUAAGUUUGCACACAGGAUCAGUGCAUCCAAUGCAGUGAGUGCACCUCUUUCGUGGCAGCCAGGAGAUCCCCGUCGGCCUUACCCAACAGAUUUGGAGAUGAGAUUGGGAAUGCUCGGCCGCCUCAGUGAUCUACCGAUCAAUGGACACACUCCUUCAACACUUAAUGAACUGCACAGAAUGACUACAGGUGGAGUGCCAGCUACACCAACAAAUCAGUUUACUUGGCAUCCAACCGGCGAGCUUCAUAUGUCAGUUGGAGGAGGCAAUUCCGUUGCAAUUGAUGGACGCGGUAAAGAUGCGCCGAAUCAGGAGGAUGUAGAAGUUAUGUCGACUGACUCUAGUUCCAGUUCGAGUAGCGAUUCUCAAUGA